AUGUUUACUACACAACAUGUUUCUCGUGUUCGCCGUCUCUAUAAGCUGAUAUUUCGAGUACAUAGAGCUCUACCACCAGAGUUGAGAGUUCUAGGAAACAAUUACGCAAGGGAUGAAUUUAAACGCCACAAAACUUGCAGUACUGAAGAAGCAAAAAUUUUUCUUAAUGAAUGGACGGAUUAUGCUAUUAAUAUCGCUAAACAGACAAAGCCUCUUAACCAAGCUAAAAACAAAGAUAUCGGAAAAUAUCUGGAUCCAAGCCUGUUAGACUAUAUGACUGAUGAGCAGCUUGUUCAGCUUUAUGAAUUGCAUAAAGCAACAUCUCUAGAAACUGGUGAUGUAACUGUUACUGAAAAUUUAAAUAACGAAAAACAAAAUUAA